AUGGUGACAAAUCUUGAGGGGCUGCUUGAGCGCAUAGUGCUUCUUGCGUCUUGCGCCGGUGAACAAGGAUGUACUGUAACGGAACUCCUCUCGUCAAUUCUCGUCUUGCUUUCGUUAAGCGAGGGAGAACCCUCUCAAGAUGAUGUCUUGCAGAUUUUGGAAAAUCCACAGUCGGAAGCUUAUCGCACCACCGCAGUCAUCUGGAAAUGGGUGGUAGAUAGAAAUGACGUAUCAGUUGGGAAUCUUCGGAAAUAUAAUGGCGUUCCUCUAGGUGAGAUACUCUCCUUGGAGCGCGAAUCGCCUGCCGCGGAGCACACGUCAAAAGCGCCGCCUCCAGAUACAAGCCCGCAGGAUAAAGGUGCGAUACGAAUAUUUGUGUCAGAAGACACCAUGUGGGAAUCAUUGGCUGGGCAUGGAGUUGAUCAUAAGCGCAUUCCUCGAUCAGAAUGGAUUCUGCUACAAGGUAUUGCCUCCACAAAAACCAAAGGAAUUCUGCAAGGAGAUCUGGGUAGGCUUGUCGGUCAAGAUAAACGAUCGGUACCAAAGAGAACCAGCUGCUUAGUAGAGAAGGGCUACAUCACGAAGCGGACUACCCUUGUUCGCGGUACCAAAACAAGCAAGCUCUGGCUCAGGUUCCUCGCGCCCUCCAUAUCAGACGAGUCGAACGAAAGAAGAGAAGCCGAGAUGGAUAUCACUCUUUCAAGGCAAUGCUUAGUCGAAAGCUUGGAGCCUGUGCCAUGGCAUACGAGGUGGACGGGUGACUCUAUCGAUUACAAAGUACUUGCCACUACGAUCAUGGCAAUCUGCAAAGAGUGGAAUGUCAUGCGCCUUCAAGAUCUAAAGUCGAAGCUUGGGGUCUUGGGGAUGGCAUGGCAGAUGAAAGUUAUCUCCAAGAUAUGCAGAUUUCUCAAUGCUCGCGGCACUAUUCAAUACGUCGCCGCAAAGCUCAACAAUCGCAUAUUCAAAGACUGUAUUCGUUUCAAUAGAGAAAUGAAUGCAAGGGAUUGGUCCAUUUUCUUAGCCACUGGUAAAAGGACAACAAAAUCAUGGAAGAACGCUACACAAGAGCUCGGCGAAGAUGACAGCAGCAUGCUUGGUAUGCUGAAAAGCGCCCAAGGGCUUGGAGAAGCACACUGCCCCUCCUGGUGCAUUUACAUCCCAAUAACUUCUCUUGUUGCACUGUGCAUUCAAGAAUCAGGGUCUAACGGGCUGACGAAUCCGCAAUUAUGCGCAAUGACUAUUGGACCCAGCUUCACGCGCUACCUGGCUGGCUUGACAGCUUCGAUAUCGACUGACAACAUUCAGCCAAGCAACACAAAGCAUCUUACUGUGAAGAGUGAGCGCGGCCGGCCUGGAAAGUCUUCCUCACUCUAUUGGUACACUAUGCCGAACUCGGAGAUACAUCAAGACAGCACUCUUUCACAGAGAGCCUCUCAAUCACCCCUGAAGCUCAAGAAACAGCACCGCGCCUCCUCCGAGCCCUACAACUUCGAGCCUCUGGACCUUCAAGAUGGCAACACCGUUCAAGUAUCAACACUGUCAGACCUGUGCCAGCGAGGUCUCUCCCAACAGAAGAGACGAGGUCGCCCGAAGAAGCUGAACUCGGAACAAAGUAAUGGCCCCCGCAAUCUGGAAUCGACAUUGGUACACACUUCAGCAAAAAGAGUAACUCGUGGAGCCGCUGCUGAAUCCGUAGUUGUUGAGGGUCAAGGAGACGCCGGCUUGAUUGUCGAGGAAGCCGAAUCAGAAACCCACGAGGAGAGUAUUAAGGUUGACAGCCCGGAUGAAGUGGCGGACAAUGAGGCCCCGGAACCAAAAGCACGCGUUCGUGGUCGUCCGAAAACCCGCGAUGGCAGCCAAGCCAGCAAAAAAUCAACCAAAGCAAAGGCCCAAGCACCUGGCAAUCGUCAAUUUCGAUGCGAAAAAUGUGAUGGGACUUGGAAGAAUGAUGUGGGCUUGAAGUAUCAUCUCGAAAAGUCGCAAACCCCCUGCAAUCCCUCCUUCAAGCCUCAGCUCAUGCCCGCCCCCAAGAAACCCAGUUUGGCUACCGGCAGGCGUCGAGUACCGCCUGCGCGAAAGCUUCCUACCGAGGCAAAUAGUGUUUAUCCAAGUAACCUAUCCACCACCAGCAAGGGAGUGCGCAAUGAGGCUAUCAACGAAGACACCAUGCACGAAAGAAGAGAGUAUUCGGGUCUUGCUACUCCACCAGCCAAAAAGAAGCAUCUUCGGAGUCCUGAGCCUGCGGAUGUCAAUGAAGAUGUCUCAAUUUUGUCGGGGCAAGCAGAGCUCUUGACGGUCCUCUCCACCCUCCCACCGCGGCAAGUUGACCCUUUCGCGAAACACUCGGCACGGCAACUUGUUGGGCACCGCAGUACUGAGGGCAUAACUGAAGAUCUUGGAGCUUCAGGGAAUUUACCGCAUUUGCAAAAGACCAUCUUGGAGGUGCCCGAGGCUCGCCCUUCUGCUCUCACCUUGGCCCCGCAAGACACUACUUUCCCGGCUGAGAGCAUCAAAGAAGCCUUAGAGAAACCACGCAUAAAGAAUCCCCUUCGUCAUAAAUUGAUGAAUAUCAUUCUUGGACUACUGAACCAGUACAGUGGGGCACUUCCAGCCGGACAAUCACUAGAGAUUCUCGUCUCUGAACAUUGGAAGUUGCAGCAGUGCGAGGGAGACAUCCCCAGCGGUGCAAAGAUCAAAUCGGUCAUGCUACAGAUGAUCCGAGAGAAGAAGAUAUUCGACCAGUGGCACGCGUUUAGAGCACCGGAUGGCCGAAUAGGAAAAUGCCAAAUCAUCACUAUCCCAUCAGUCAUGGCAUUCGCCCCAGAGACCAGGGCCCUCGUUGAGGCGAUUCGGCAGCUUUAUCCGGCAAAUAUUCUCCCACAUCAAAUGCCAGGAGUUCCUUGCGAUGCUAAUGAAGCAGAGAACGUCGAAGAGGAAGAGGAAGACAGCACUAUGGCGAAAUCCUUUCGACAAGACAGCAAGGUUGGUGGGCGGGGUAGGAGGUCACUGGCUGCUGGUGUUGCCACGUUGAGCGCCCCGGUAUAUGCGGCCCAAGUAAUGGCGAAACGGGCCGCGGAUACUGGCGAUAUUCCAAGCCCUCCCGGAAAAAAGAGGCGCGUGGCCGAGAAGGCAAGCCAUGCUGUGGAUGAAUACCAGGGUCAGCAUUUCUGGCCCGUUACUGAUGUUUUGCCUCCUGCACAUGACAUCCAACAGGUCUCUCUAUCCGCAUGUGCUGGGAUCACCUUGGAUAUUUUCUUCAAUGACAUCGACGAAAAUAGUCAUGGCCUUAUUGGAAACCAAGCGCCGCUGUGGGCUCGCGAUAGCGUGACGCGUCCUUUCGAGCGUUUGGCCAGAGCGAUGCAACAAAAUGGUUGGAUUGCAGGCUCUGGAUGGUUUUCCUGGACAUCACAUUAUCGCGUGCCAUAUCAGACCCUCUCUACUGCUCACGAAGAUCGCUCACAAUUUGAUUAUUUCGUGGAGAAACUCAGAAUGUGUCUGACUAUCGAGAUGGAGAAUGAGUACAUCGAGCAGUUGCCCACGCAAAAGCACAAUAUUUUCAUCAACUUCCUAGGUGGUGACGCUGGAAACCAUGUACGGGUGCAUAAAAUACAAUGGCAUAAGUCGGACAAGCAACAGAGCACAGAGCCCGAAGUUGUUGUCAUCAAAGCCGAUGAGGAUGAAUUGGUUUCCUCCUCUGUAUCGGCGGAUGAGGAACCUGAGCCACCAUCUGCUGCCGCACAUGAUCAAUCUGGCUUAAUCUCUGCUAGUACUCCUCAAAUGGCGCCGCCCGUCACAAAACGCGCGGCACUGACUUCGCGAAACCUGACUGCUCUCACUCUUGAUACGGAGGAGCGGGGAAUGACUGCAGAACUACAGACGGGUCCCGACAGCGAUGAACUUUUGGCGGCGUUUGUGGCCAUUCGCAGCCUACUUGGUGGUAUAGACAAAGUCAUCGAUUGGGGUCUGUUGGCUCGCUUAUUCCCAACCGUUGGACUGCCAGCGCUGCGACGCUUUUGGGCCAGAAUUCGCAAAGAGAAGGCUUCUACUAUUUUGAAGGCAACGCAAGAUUUCCAAGACCGUUUCAUCGCCGCUGUUGAAGCCGAUGAGAUAGCCAUGCCCGAUUAUGAGAGACCAUUGGAAUAUGACUGGAAGGGCCUUAUACAGUGGACUAUGCGGCAACCCGACCAGGAGCAGCUGUAUCUUCCUAGCUCAAGGGAAAGAUUUCAGCACGAAUUCAAACUUGAAGAUGGUAGCAAAAACACGGAAGAUUGGAAGGAGAAGUUUUACCAUCCUCAGUCAUCGAUGUACUCUCGUUUCGAGACUGCUUCGCUUCAGCCCGGGUCGCUGACAGCCACAGAGGUCAAACUGUCUAAACUGCAGCCUGUACCCGACACCAUUGAUAUUGCUCGAUCCUGGAUCCGCUCGCUAUGCUGUACUAGCGAAACUGACUACACCCCGCAAGAUGUCAAACAGAGAUUCUCAAUGCUUUCGAAAGAUACGCCGCAGCGAAACACGCUGGUUCUCAAGACAGCCAUUGACCAGCUCACCAAAGAGAGAGUCAUUUGCAAAAGCAAACGAGCGCCGUUCGGCGGACGGCCGUACAGGCUCAAUGAAGCGUACACUUCUGUUCUGGCAAAGGUCGCACACAGACAAAAGUACCUCGAUGCAGUGUCUUUCAAAAAGGGUCUCGACCAGGCUUUCCGAAGCAGCAGUGCUAUGAAAGUGCCCUAUACGCUGUCUGACGGUGCGAUGAUGGCACUGACGAAUUUAAUCGCCCAUGAACGAAUACGAGUCAGAGUAACAAACGUCCCAAACAUACCCUUUGGUUUUGAACCGGGCAAUUACGAAAGUCGCAAGUAUCCGAAAUCGUACUACCACAUGGAUCUGGAAGUUCAGCCAACCCCAUCCUAUCUGUUCAACGGUGACGUUGGUAUACUUGAAGCUGUCCAAGGUGUUGGUCCGCCGCGAGAAGGCCGCACAAGGGAGAUACCACAGUGGAUUGACUUUUUCGGCAAGCUUGAUGAGCAGAGAUGGGCAGAUAUCUUGGGUGCCGUCUGUUUUGCGUUUAAUACAAGAGGCAUCACGUCUGUCACGGGCAUAUGCGAUGCUGUCGCACCGAUACUCGAGGUGUUCGAGGCGGAACUCAUUAUUUCUUGGGGCCUCAAGACGGGACUUUUCACCAGAGCGACGCAGCAUUCCGGCAUUACGCUUGAGGAAUGGUGGUGGUUGGUUGUGGUGCAUCGGUGGAGUUAG